GGUCGGAGCCCGCGGGGGGUGGGGAGGGUGGCGGAGAAAUGGGGAACAAUGCGAGUGAGCAACUUCAGGAAGUCAUUGUGAAAGAAAGCUGGGAAGAGCUCGGCGGCCAAGUUAGCAGGGCAUUCUAACAAGUGCAUGCGCCGCCCGCGCCCGGGGCGGCGACUGCGGCGACAGCCCCUGGGUCCCCGCGGAGAGCCGCCGAGCCCGGGCGGGACCUUGGAGGUGGCGAGGCGGUCGGCCCCGGGCGAGCCCGGCAGGGCAGAGGGAGCCCCGGCCCCGAGGUUGCUCUUCGCGCCCGAGGAUCAGUCUUGGCCCCCAAAGUGCGACGCACAAAUCCACAUAACCUGAGGACAAUGGACGCUGAUGAGGGUCAAGACAUGUCCCGAGUUUCAGGGAAGGAAAGCCCUCCAGUGAGCGACACUCCAGAUGAUGGGGAUGAGCCCAUGCCGGUCCCCGAAGACCUUUCCACCACGUCUGGGGGACAGCAGAGCUCCAAGAGUGACAGAGGAGUGGCCAGUAAUGUUAAAGUAGAGGCUCAGAGUGAUGAAGAGAAUGCGCGUGCCUGUGAGCUGAAUGGGGAAGAAUGUGCGGAGGAUUUACGAGUGCUUGAUGCCACGGGAGAGAAAAUGAAUGGCUCCCACAGUGGCCAAGGCAACAGAGCUCUGUCGGGAACCGGAGGCAUUCGACUUCCUAACGGCAAACUAAAGUGUGAUGUCUGUGGGAUAAUUUGCAUCGGCCCCAAUGUGCUCAUGGUCCACAAGAGAAGCCACACUGGGGAGCGGCCUUUCCAGUGCAACCAGUGCGGGGCCUCCUUCACGCAGAAGGGCAACCUGCUCCGGCACAUCAAGCUGCACUCCGGGGAGAAGCCCUUCAAGUGCCACCUUUGCAACUACGCGUGCCGCCGGCGGGACGCCCUCACGGGCCACCUGAGGACGCACUCCGUUGGUAAACCUCACAAAUGUGGAUAUUGUGGCCGAAGCUAUAAACAGCGAAGCUCUUUAGAGGAACAUAAAGAGCGUUGCCACAACUACUUGCAAAGCAUGGGUCUUCCAGGCACGCUGUACCCAGUCAUUAAAGAAGAAGCUAAUCAGAGUGGGAUGGCAGAAGAUCUGUGCAAGAUAGGAUCAGAGAGAUCCCUCGUGCUGGACAGACUAGCAAGUAACGUCGCCAAACGUAAGAGCUCUAUGCCUCAGAAAUUUGUUGGGGACAAGUGCCUGUCGGACAUGCCCUAUGACAACAGCGCCAGCUACGAGAAAGAGAAUGAGAUGAUGCAGACCCACGUGAUGGACCAGGCCAUCAACAACGCCAUCAGCUACCUGGGGGCCGAGUCCCUGCGCCCGCUGGUGCAGACGCCCCCCGGCAGCUCGGAGGUAGUGCCAGUCAUCAACCCCAUGUACCAGCUCCACAAGCCCCACGCGGAGGGGCCCCCGCGGUCCAACCACUCAGCCCAGGACAGCGCCGUGGAGAACCUGCUGCUGCUUUCCAAGGCCAAGUCGGUGUCCUCCGAGCGGGAGGCGUCCCCAAGCAACAGUUGCCAAGACUCGACGGACACGGAGAGCAAUAACGAGGAGCAGCGGAGCAGUCUCAUCUACCUGACCAACCACAUCAACCCGCACGCCCGCAACGGCCUGUCCAUCAAGGAGGAGCACCCCGCCUACGACGUGCUGCGGGCGGCCUCCGAGAGCUCCCAGGACGCCUUCCGGGUGAUCGGCACGAGCGGGGAGCCCAUGAAGGUGUACAAGUGCGAACACUGCCGGGUGCUCUUCCUGGACCACGUCAUGUACACCAUCCACAUGGGCUGUCACGGCUUCCGUGAUCCUUUUGAGUGCAACAUGUGCGGCUACCACAGCCAGGACCGGUACGAGUUCUCGUCCCACAUCACGCGGGGCGAGCACCGCUUCCACAUGAGCUAAGCCGGGCCGAGCGAGGCACGCGGGCCCCCGGGCCCUCCCCUCCUGCCAGUAGCCCCGGACUGGACCAGAACGUUGUGCUUUGAUUUCUAGGUGGUUUUUCAUUUAGUUUGGUUUUUUUUUUUUUUUUUUUAAGUCGGUCGUUUGGCUGGGGUUUGAUUUGCUUUUGAAAACAAGGAGAUUUUUAUUGUUAGAUGCAGGGUUACAUGGGGAGCCCCCCGCCCCGCGCCCCCCCCCCCCCCAAACUGCUGUGUUACUUACUAGAUGUGCUCAGAGACUGCUCGCGGAAAUCCCCCUCCCCUGGUGCUUCCUAGAAUUCCCCUCCUCUAAAGAAGUGCUCAUUUCCAGAGAAAGUUGCGUCAAAACAGGUCAGAGCCUGGGAAGGAAUGAGCUGGUUUCUGGGCUGAGCAUCCACGGCCCCAGACCCAGUGAGCACAGCCCCCCGGGUCAGCCUGGCAGGUGCCCCCCAACACAGCAGGGCUGAGAAACCCAAACCACAGCCUCUGACCGCAUGCAUCUCGGUCUGGAAGGCUGCAGUUUCUAAAAGAUGUGAUUAUAUAUAAGUCACAGCCUGCACAAAAAGUACAUUGUUGGAGAAAUGUUGGACUCCCCGGGCAAAGGGCGUGGGGAGGGGUCAGAGGACCUGGUAGUCUCCGUCUCAGUUUCCAAACCACUGUAGAAAUGCUCAGCCUUCUCCGGCUUGCCGGCAGGUGGAAGGAACCCCCAACUCCAAACUCACAGAGGCCGAUCUGGAGACCUCUGUCCUCUGCCUUCUGGCGUCUGUGCCUCUCAAGGCCCAGAGUCUGGCACUGCAGUUUUAACGUCCAUCCUGAAAUGCCGACCUUAAUUCCUUUGAACCUCUCAAAUGGUAACAUUCCAAGACUUCAUUCCAAAUGCCACACUCCUUCCUUCCUCGGCUGGUUCCACCGACAGCCAGAAGCCUGUUUCCCCUCAGAGGCCCAACCUAGACCCCAUUUCAACGACGUCACUGUUUUGUUUGUCGGUACAUUUCGUUCCCUGCCCUCACUCUACAUUAUUCUUGUCUUAAAAUCCAUAAAGGAAGCGUGCAGAAUGAUCAGUCAUUUUUAGAGCAAGGAACUAUGAUGAGCAAAGCCCAGGACCUGUGCCUAGCACGCAGAACCUACCUGUUAGAAACUAAACUUUGCAACAGUCUGAAACUCUCCCCAGAAGGACAGAGCAGCCCCUAUGUGCCCACCCAUAUAUAGGAGCCAUCCUUUCUCACUGGGGGGGGGGGGGGGGGGGCUUGGAACGUGCAGAGCGACCGCAUAACCUGCCAGCGAGGUCUGCCGGGAAAGAGGCAGAUGGUGCUGGAGGUAGAACCUUCCUCAGCCACGCUGCCGGGAACUCCCCUGAGAUGUUUGGUGACUCCGGGCCCCACUGGAAGGGGUAGCCCUCAAGGUUAAUUCUGUCUUUAAGUAUAAUAAUCCCAACCACCUAGGCAAGGAAGAGCGUACCAUUUCCAAUGUUUACGUGUUUUUGCCAAAACUGAACCAAUGUGAACAUGAAAAAAAAAAAAAGAAAAAUUGUCCAUAAGCACCUCUGCAUGCAGUCUAAAUCUGGGUUUCUUAGUCACGGUUCUCUUGACAUUUGGGGCUGGAUAAUUCUUUGGGGUGGGGGAUUCCCCUGCACCUUCCAGAAUAUUUAGCAUCAUCCCUGGUAGAUGCCAGUAGCACCCUCAUUUGACAACCAAAAAUCUCCCCAGAUGUUGCCAAAUGUCCCCUGGGGGGCAAGUCACCCCGAGUUGAGAACCACUGCUCAACUUCUAAACCAGUCAAAGGUCUGGGAAGCCUCCCAAAGAGCAAAGGCACUGUCCCCAUUGGGAGUCUAGCUCCUGACCCGUGUUCCUUUGUCUUCACUGUAAAUCCUAUAAGUGAAUGAGUACCUUUCAUUCUUCAGAAGCAAAUCUUCUCAUGAGUUUUGUUGAAAGGAUGGAGUCCACACAUGUCAUACCUGAGGCACGGGUUUCUUUGCUUAUGGUGUUUUGAAACUGGAAACAUAGUCGCAGUGACUGAGACUCGGGCACCCGGAUGCACUGAGUCCGGUAGAGACAGAUAGGGCGGCUGACAGCAGUAAUUCCACACACAAUCACAGAGAAAGCUACGCUUCAGCCAUAUGAACAUGCUCGAGGUGAAAGACUUCUGAGAUUUCCAGUUUGCCGGCCAGGUGAACCUGCCCUGUUCUUUUCCAUCCAUCCCACACAGCCAGUUGGUUGAAAGGAGUUACUUUUCCCCACCCCCGUGGCUUCAAACAAAGCUUAACCCAGAACUGUAAAUAGUGGCCACAGAUGUUCUUUCCUAAAAUGCUCCCCAUCCCCUCCCCCCCCUUCCACUGCCUUUUCCAGCCAAUGUAACCAUCUAUUUACACACCUUUUCUUGUGGUUUUAUAUUGUAACACCAUUUUUCUUUGAGAUUAUUGUGCUUAAGGUAAGGUCCCAUGGAAUGGCAACAAGUAAUUAAAUUAUGUUAGAAAGGUGGUCCUAUUCUGUACCAAAAGCUGUUAACGUUUUCUCUUCUAGCUGGUUAAAGUAGGAUUUUGCAUGACUUCA